AUGUCGUCUUGUGCUUCUUUUCAGGGUCAGGUGGCCUCCAUCAUGGAGGUUUUGGCGAAAACGGCAGUAGCAGAAAUUACUAAGCUAGUCGAUGAUGUGUCUGCUGCCUUGCGACUGGAGAUGUGCAGAAGCCAAAGAGAGAACGAAGGGCUAAAAACGAAGUUACUGCUGAUGGAGGGAGAGCUCAGGUCUGUGCGAGGAUACGGAGAGGGAACGCCGGGCAGUUCUCUCAACAUCUCUUUUGAAGUUCAGGUUUGUGAUGAAUUCACAGAAGCACUAAGACCUAAGGUUGCAGGGAAAGGAAGCGUUUCUGCCGCUGAGAGAGUCUUGGACGAGCGAUUGAGUGCACCUCUGACCAGAGACGACCAGAACCUCCCAGUGGAUAAUAAAGAGGCUACAAACGAUGCUUUUCAUAUCAAGUUCGAGCCUGUAGAUGGGGAGCAGGAUUGGUCUGAAUCUCUGCUGCUCAGGGAGGAUAGGCUGGAAGAGGAUCCAAAGAGCAGCCAAUCACAGGCGGAACAGAAGAUCAGUGAGGAGAAUACCUGUGGACAGUAUGAUGGAAGCGCCCGGUGUGAGGCAAGUUCUGACACGUCAGCAGAAGCAAAGAGUCCCUGCAGAACUGAGGGACAGGAGGAGGAGUUCAUCUGCACACGCUGUGGGAAGACGUUCCCGGACGCUCUUGAACUGAAGACGCACAAGGAGCAGCACAGCGCGGGGAAACGGUUCAGCUGUUCAGAGUGCGGCAAGGGUUUCACUUCCUCCAGCGUCCUGGAGAAGCACAAGCUGGUUCACAGCAGGGUGAAACCGUUCACCUGCUCUGUGUGCGGCAAGAGCUUCUCCCAGUCACACAUCCUUAAAGCGCACGAAAGCACUCACACAGGGCAGAAACAGCACGCUUGUGUGGAGUGCAGAAAAUGCUUCAGGUACAAAUGCUUGCUAAAGGCCCACCAGCGUGUUCAUACCAGAGAGAAACCUUUCACUUGUGAGCAGUGUGGAAAGGGCUUCUCCCGGAAGAAUGGUCUUAAAACUCACCAGGUGACUCACACAGGAGAAAAGCACUUCAGCUGCACAGUGUGCAAUAAGAGCUUUUACAAACUAAGUCAUCUUGUAUCUCACCAAAGGGUCCACACGGGGGAGAAACCGUUCAUUUGUGAGCAGUGUGGAAGGUGCUUCUCCCAGAAGAGCAAUCUUAAAAUUCACCAGGUGACUCACACAGGCGAGAAAUGCUUCAGCUGCAAAGUGUGCAAUAAGAGCUUUUCCCAACUAACUCAUCUUGUAUCUCACCAAAGGAUCCACACGGGGGAGAAACCGUUUACUUGUGAGCAGUGUGGAAAGUGCUUCUCCCAGAAGUACAAUCUUAAAACUCACCAGGUUACUCACACAGGAGAGAAAUGCUUCAGCUGCACAGUGUGCAAUAAGAGCUUUGCCUAUCUCAGUGUUCUUAAGAAACAUCAGAGAGGCCACACUGGGGAGAAUUGCUUUAUUUGUGCACUGUGCAAAAAGGUUUUGACCACUAAACGUAGUCUCAAAUCUCACCAGUGUCCACACAGGAGAGAAACUAUACCUCAGGUUGUGGGAAGAACUUUGCUCGACUAAGUUGUCUUAAGUUGACUAAGCUCAACAAAGAGACCACACCGGGUAAAAACCGUUCAGUUGCACACUGAAGCAGGAAAUGUAAUUUUCAGAGGCAC